AUGAGCGGCAUUGAACGUCGAGCAGCCUUGGAAAGCAAAUUUCCAUCCCUAAAAGCCUAUCACGAUGACCUCAAAGGUCUGUCCACAGUACUCGAGGACAACAAAAACAUCGGCUUUGACGCAGACAUCGCGGAGCGCAUAGAGCAGUGGAUGCUUAAGCGAAGGGGAAAUGCAUUUACGUCGAUGGUUACGAGUGACCGCCCGGCAUACAUCUUGGAUCAAUCCCGCUUUAAAUACCACACUGCCGUUGACAUCGACCGCAAGGAGGUCAUUCAAGCAUGUGACGUGAACGGAGUCGCAGUCCAUAGUCGUGAACAGACGAUUCGCGACUUGAGUGACACCGAUACGAUCGCUCGCGUCAAUGCAUCCGAUUCUAAUCCGUUUUUGAAAGCGCGGUUCGUUCUGGAUAAUCCCGACGCGGACCGACUGAUUGAUAUGAUAGCUGGCCGUUGA